GGAUUUUCUGCAUCAACUUAACAAACUAGUGAAACUUUUAUUGAAGAUUAAGUUACUCUUAAGCUGUACUUUAUAGCUCAAAGUCGUUGACUCGUGGAAAGUAUGGCUCAUGCUCAUACACGCAGUGUUAGAGGUGUAUUAUUGCUCGCAGAAUGGUAAUUAAGAGCUUGCAUGUCAAUCUUCCAGAAACUCGCACUUGAAGACGCAAAACAUAGCUGAAAAGUUUUCUGACAUGUGGAUCUAGAGCUCGACGUGGACCUCCAGUCUGGACUGAUAUGGGAGACGUCCGCUUGGCGAACUUUGUGAAACGGGAGUUGCUGUGGAGCACGGAAAUUUCGUUCGUUUUCACGUGAGAUUCACGGACCGUGGAAUCAAUGUGGUGUCUGCCGAAAAGACGCGUGGCCCGAAACUCACCUAAACGUUGACACGUCUUGGAAGUGAUGCACUGGCUUCCCCUGGUUGCCAUGGUGAUCGCCUCGGCCCUGCCUUUCCCUCAAAGUCCUGUAUCCAGGCUUGUUGCCGCGACGAUAGAGCCUGGCAGAAACGACAGCAACAGCAGCUAUUCAGUCAGCAUGCCAGUCAAUUCAACAGCGAGCAACAUCUCCCACGAUGCUCACAGUAACAAUAGUUUGAGCAAAUACGACAGAACAGCUGAUACUUAUAAUCACACCAAAGGGAAGGAUAUCACAUUAUCCCCAUUUACAUAUGAAGCGGACAGUAUAAGUGAAGCUAACCAAGCAAACAUUUUAUCUGAUGACACAAAGAAACGGGAUUUUACAGGUGGAGGAAGGACUACUGGAGAGUCACGUGAUUAUAUGGAAUACAAAUCACACAAAAAACAUCUGGCUAAAAAUGCCAGCUCAAGCAAUAACGUUCUCAAGGACUAUCAACCUGAGUUUCAUGAAGAAAAGAGUACUGGUGGAGAUAAAGAUGAUAUGAACAUGAGGAGUAGUCUUGAUGUUUCCAAGGGCUCUCCGAAGGGGUCCCAAGAGCAUCAAGACGAAACGCAUUCGGGUGGCAGCAGCAACCAAGGAGAGAUGGUGAAGCCAGCUGGGGUUGAGGUGGAAGUGCCAAUGAAGAUACUGAAGGAAGGCUUGGGAGCAGAACUGGGCUUUGGGUUGGACGCAGGCCUACGAGGAGAAGAUCAGAUGUUGCUCGACGCCCAUCCCCGCGUUCUCUUCUCUCCUGCCCUCGUUCCACCCAAACAUCCACCUCUGCUCCUAAUGCUGGAGUUGGGGUUGCUGGCUGAUGACGUUGAGGAUGAGGAAAGCCACACGAUGGACGCUACCCCAGCCAGGGAAGGAGCGGACCAAGAGUCAUAUAAGAACUUACUGCUGGGUGUCUCUGAUUCAGACAACCCCUCCUCGUCCCACGCAUCAUCGCACGAACAACAGCCGAGCAUCCGCCGCAAGCGGCAACUCAGUCACAACACGCAAAGCCGCCAGCGCUCGGUGUGCGAAGCCGAAAGCGGGUGGGUGACUGACAAGAAAACCUCAGUGGACCAGAAGGGCCAAACCGUCAAUAUCUUACCAGAAAUCCAGACCCAGACGGGGCCACUAAAGCAGUACUUCUAUGAAACGAAGUGCCGUAAGCCAUCUCAGCAGGGUAAAGGGGAAGGGCAGGGGGUGGAGGGCGCAGGCUGCUUGGGAGUGGAUAAGAAACACUGGAUGAGCAAGUGCGAAACCAAACAGUCGUUUGUGCGUGCGCUUACAUCUGAUGUCAAUAACAGAGUAGGUUGGAGGUGGAUACGAAUCGACUCCUCCUGCGUCUGCGUGCUGCUCACUCGAGGAACAUACUACACUGAGAAGAAAGCAGAGAGAGUUCGAGAAGGGAGGGGGUACAGAUAAUCGGGAUAGCCCGAAGAAUAGAUCAAUACAGAAAAGGCAGGAUUAAAAGAACGUGUGUAACUGGGUGUCUAAAGCAUCUCCAGCACACGUGGUCUUCUCGGAUGGAAAUUUCUUUUCCAGAUGUUCCUGUAUCUCACUUCACGAACACUUAUCACCACAGUGUCUCGCUGAGGGACAGCUCAGCCAAAAAUGAAAAUCCACUCGCCCUCAUAUCGGUCCAAGCUCAUGAUUUAUUUUUAGCGGUUGAACACAAAAGAAUAUAGUUUAUAUAUAUUUCAUACAGCAAAAAAUUAUGGUCAAGCUCCAAUAGAGAACUACAAAGGUAGUGCAUAUGACUUAUGCAGUAUAUAUUUCAAUAAGUCUUCAGUGUUCAAUGAAAAAAAUGAUACAGUGAGGUGAUGAGAAGAUAAUGACAGGUACUUUCUUCUUUUAAAGGUGAUGCGUGUAAUGUUCAAGUUUUCGAGCUUAAAGGGAUUUUCACCGAAAAAAUGAAAAUUCUGUCAUUUACUCGCCCUCCAAGUUGUUUCAAACUUACAUACAUUUUUGUGUUCUGCUGAAUACAAAAGAAGAUAUUUUCAAGAAUGUUUGUAACCAAGCAGAUCUGGGGCACCAUUGACUUCCAUAGUAGGAAAAAGUAAUAAUUAAAACUUUCACUUUUGCAAAUUUUACUUAAUCCUUUCAUGUUGUGAUAACUUUAAAAAAUCCAUUUAACAGUGUGAAAAAAAGCUUUACUUAAAAAUCAUUUGUUCAGCCAACAUAACAUUGUUGCAUAAAAGUAACAGAUUAAUAAAACCAAUACAGACUUCCUGAGGAUUUUGCAGUCUGUUAUGGGUAAUUGUAGUUCUGGCACCCUCUUGCAGACGUGUAGCACCAUUAGAUAGGUAUGUGAGAAAGUGAGUUUAUAAAAUGGCGUUAUUAAAAUUUUUAGUCAUCAUUAAUUAUUUUUUUCAUGUACUCAAUUGUUGUUUGUUGACUCUACUAAGGUUAGUUACGUUUACUUAAACUUAAACUGAGAUUACUUAAAAAAAAUGCGUGGAACCUGUUGACAUAAUAUUUUUAAUUAAACCCAACAUUUUAUUUUUUGAAGAAUAUGGAAGUGAAUGGUGCCCCAGAUCUGUUUGGUUACUAAAGUUCAUUUAAUGAAUGAAUGCAUGAUUUUUGAAAAACACUUUUGCAAAAUGGAGUCGGGCCGAGUACCAAAACACACUUGUAGCCAAUCAGCAGUAAGGGACAUCUCUACUAAGCGACAUCAUUGCCUGGGUUGCGUAUGUGUGGGGUGGGUCUAUCAAAAGAAGGUCCAGAUUCUAUUGGAGUAGGGGCGUGUUUGUUUAGGUGAUUUAAAAAAAACAUUGGCUUUCAGAGAUCAUGCACGCCGCCUUUAACAUGUUUAAAAAUCUCUUAAUUUGUGUUCAGCAGAACAAAAAACGUAUACAGGUUUGAGGGUGAGUAAAUAAUGACAGAAUUGUAAUUUUCGGUAAACUAUCCCUUUAAUAUGAUAAGACUAACAUAAAGAGUGGGCAAACCAAGAGCAUAAGUUUAAGGCAGGACUGUCUGUUUAUCCAACCAGUACAACAUUUGUGUUGAUGGUAGUAUCACAGAAAUUACACACUUCACCUUUAAUAUCUCCACGCUGCUGUCAUCCUCCACCUUCCACUAGGACAGUGUUUUAACUGUAAACUCACCGAAACAAGAAAACCUCAAUACUGGUGUCUAGGUCAGAUCAGUUUUUUUCUAUACCUUCGUAUAUCGUAUUUGUUUUUGUUGUGUCUAUAGUAUACAGACAAUAAGUUAUUACUUUUAGUAUGUAAGCUUAUGUACUUGAUAUUAAUAUAUUUCUUUACAAAUGUACAAUAUGUGAAACAUACAUAAUUGCAAGUAUGCAGAUAUAUGUGUAUUUAUAAAAAAAACUUUACAGAGGACUUGGGCUCACCGGUCAGCAGAAGUUUAACUUUUAGAAAAGGUCUCGCUUAUACUUUUGGAUGCGUGACCUUCAGGGGACUGACCCAAAACAUGUGCCUUAUGAGAUACAGUUUGAUUUACAUCUCGGAAAUAUGGUUCUGUAAUGGGUGUUGGAUGACAAGGACACCUGUUUAGCGUCUUAGACAAGUUACGUAGUAAAUGUGUUUGUUGGGUUUGAUGUCAUUUUUUUAUUGAGUCAUUGUUAUAAUAAAGUAUUAUAAUCUUUGUAAGGUAGAUACAUUUAUAUAUGAAAAUAAAACUUUUUUUGAAGUAGAUGGAAAUGAGUGAGAUGAGCUUUAGUAAAAUGUAUAAUAAAAAAAAUUGCAAGGUACGUAAGGUAACCUUGUAAUUAUUACAGUAUAGAAUGUGAGUCCAAAUGGAGGGGUACACAAAUGGAUGUUUAUUUAUUUGGAAAGGUGAAACAUGCACACGAAACAAAUAUAAAAUUAAAGAGCACCUAUUUCAUUGCUAAAAAAACAAUGUUAUUUGGUGUAUUUGGUAUUUGUGUAUGUGUUUGCGUGGUUUGUGGUAAAAACACAUUAUUUUCCACAUACUGUAAAUUUUUGUAGCUCCAGAUUUCACUCUCUUCCUGAAACACACAGAUUUGAAAAGCUCUGUGUCCCUGAUUGGCCAGCUUAUCUGAACGUUGUGAUUGGCGUCAGCUGGAAAUGUGACGCUUCUUACCAUGUUUAAAAGAUUCGCUCACAAUGCAAUACUAACAAGAGUUAAGUUACAGGCUGUAAGUCCGAAGCGGGAGGAAUUAUGAUAAUCUCAGUGUUGUCUACAUCACCAAUCCCAGGAAGUAAACUAUUGCCUACAAUCCGUGUUUGUUGUAAUCCAAAAAAAGAGAUUUACGUUGGAAACAACCUUUUGCAUAUCGUUAACAUGUACUAAUAAACACUAAUGCAGCCUUUCCACUGCACGCGACAUACGGAAACGAAAGUCGGAAUUCGCCCCCUAGUGGCAGUCGUAAUGAAGUUUCAGUUUAAUUGUAUAUGGGAGAGAAGCUCAUUCCAGCGCAAGAGGCUUCAUUCUAAUUUGUUUACCAUAUGGAAUAAAUAAAUGAAUGCAAAUGAAUGAAACAAUAAACAGCUAUGCAUAUAUGACAAACAUUGCCAAUAUUUUUUUGAGAGAACAUGAAGACAAGAUUAAAUACACAAAUUAAAUUAAUAAUGUAUUUAUUAUCAGUAAUCAAAAGUUUUUUUAAGGAUUUAAGUGUUAUUAAUAAAGUUAAGCAAAAAGGAUUAAUCAUUUUCACCUCACACACAGUUUAUGAUUGGAAUACAAUGAAAUACAUCCCUUCCGGUCGGCAUAUCGCAUGCGGUUUAGUCGCACAAGUUCCAAUUUUUUAACGGAUCCAACGCUCAUAACGGCUCCGAUAUUUACGCAUCCGCAGAUGGUCGGCACCUCACCCAGCCCCUUUGCGACUCUCCAUAGGAAAUAAAUGACUUGUCGGCCGUCGUUUGUCGUGUGCAGUGGAAAGGCGGCUUUAGACACCAAAAGGAAAGU